AUGGCUCCCAGCAUCGACAACCUCUCGGACGACGAGUUCGAUGUUGACGAGAUCAACUUUGACGAUCUCCACGAACAAUUCGAAGUUCGACUAGAAUCAGGCUACGAUGCGUUUGUCGUUCUCGAUGGCCUACCUAUCGUACCGGAGGACAACAAGGAAAAGCUCGUUAAAUAUGUUUCGAAAAAAUUGCAGACGGUCGGUCGUGUGCUCGACUUUUUCAUGCCAAUGAACGAGGAGAAUAAGUCUGAAGGGUAUGCCUUUGUUGAGUACGAAACACCAGAGCAGGCCACAGCUGCUGUGAAACAACUACACGCCGCCCCCCUUGAUAGAAAGCACACCCUCCUAGUCAACAAACUUACAGAUAUCGAGCGCUACGGCCGCGAAGGGCGUAUCGAUGAAGAGUACACCGCGCCCGAAAUACCGCCAUUUAAGGAGAAGGAACACCUGCGAUCAUGGUUGGGUGACGCGAAUGCUCGAGACCAGUUUGCUCUUUACCGAGGGGACAAAGUUGGCGUCUUCUGGAACAUGAAAAAGGACGCCGCUGAAAACGUGGUUGAUCGCCCUCACUGGACACAACUUUUCGUGCAAUGGUCGCCACAAGGAACAUACCUUGCUUCGAUACAUCCCCAGGGUGUGCAACUUUGGGGAGGAGCUUCGUUCUCCAAGCAGAAGCAACUGCCUCACCCUUUUGUUCAACUCAUUGAAUUCUCCCCUGGCGAGAAGUAUCUCACAACUUGGUCAGCGCGGCCCAUUCAAGUAGAAGAGGGCCAACAAGGACCUCUCACUUACGAGGAAGAUGGAAAGCACAUAGUCAUUUGGGACCUCGAAUCGGGAAAGCCUCUGCGAUCUUUUGUGGCGCACGAUCUCGCAGGCCCCGAAGGUGAUGCGGCCGCACCUAAGAAGAAAAUCCAAUGGCCCGCAUUCAAGUGGUCGGCGGAUGAGAAGUUUGUUGCGCGCAUGUUGCCGGGACAGUCUAUUUCAAUCUACGAAUUGCCCCGCAUGAACUUGCUCGAUAAGACUUCUGUCAAGAUUGACGGUAUCGUGGACUUUGAGUGGGCCCCUGCUACUGUCGUCCGAGAGGGAGUCAAGCGCUACGAGCAAUUAUUGUCUUAUUGGACUCCGGAGAUUGGCAGCAAUCCUGCCAAAGUUGGAUUGAUGAGCGUUCCCUCGAAGGAAAUCGUCCGUACACGAAACCUCUUUUUAGUCUCAGAUGUCAAGCUUCACUGGCAAUCGCAAGCGGCUUUCCUUUGUGUCAAAGUUGACCGCCACAGCAAGAGCAAGAAGAGCAUGGCCACAAAUCUCGAAAUUUUCCGUAUCAAAGAGAAGGGAGUUCCAGUCGAAGUGGUUGAUAGUUUGAAGGAUACAGUCAUCAACUUUGCCUGGGAGCCAAAGGGCGAGCGAUUCGUUUUGAUCACAUCCGGUGAGGCAGUUGCCGGAGCAGCAACUGCUCCCAAGACUGCCGUAUCUUUCUUUGCGCCAGAAAAGGUCAAAGGCCCGACUAUUGGAAACUUCCGGCUUGUACGAACAAUAGAGCGCAAAAACAGCAACGGUAUCUACUGGUCGCCCAAGGGACGAUUCGUGGUUGUUGCCACGGUUCACUCGCAAACAAGCUUCGAUCUCGACUUCUGGGAUGUAGACUUUGAGGGUGAAAAGCCAGAGCAGGAGAAAGACUUGAACGCCAAUGUCAUGCUUUUGAAGACUGCUGAGCACUACGGUGUCACAGACAUUGACUGGGAUCCAACGGGCCGUUAUGUUGUUAGCAGCGCUAGUGUCUGGACUCACUCGAUGGAGAACGGAUACAACAUCCAUACAUUUUCGGGUGAGACACUAUCGGAAAACCCAACAGAGAAGUUCAAGCAAUUCCUGUGGCGCCCUCGACCACCCACGUUGCUGAGCAAGGAGGAGCAGAAGCAAGUCCGGAAGAACCUGCGCGAGUACUCCAAGGAGUUCGAUGAGGAAGACAAGUAUGCCGUCGACAUUGCUAAUACGGCGGUGGUCGAGAAGCGCAAGCGUGUCCUCAACGAAUGGUUGGCUUGGGCCCGGAAAGAAAAGGAGCUUCUGGCCGAAGAGAAGGAUGCCGAAGGUCUGCCCGAGGAAGAGAUACCCAUCGAUACACCCAAGGCGAGGGCUGAGGUCGAAGCCGAAGCCGAUACAGUUGUCGAGGAGAUCGUGGAGGAGAUUAUCGAAGAGACGGAAGAGAUCAUUGGAUAG